GUUACUUUCGAGUUGACAUUUGCUCGAAGUUAAUAUGUCAAAUAUGAAAGAUUAUGGAUUGGUGAAUUGGAUGGAUUGGGACAACUUCGUCUCAACUUGACAAGGCAUUGUGUUAGUGUAGUGCUUGCGUUUUUCCAAAAAUUAAUUAAACUCAGUGUUUGGAAUUUUAUAAGUGCCGUUUAAUGACAAUCUAAUAAUUAAAAUGUCGUCCCCAAGUGCUGGAAAAAGGCGUAUGGACACUGACGUUAUCAAGCUCAUUGAAAGCAAACAUGAGGUCACUAUCCUAGGGGGUCUCAAUGAAUUUUGUGUCAAAUUUUAUGGACCAAGAGGAACUCCAUAUGAAGGCGGAGUUUGGAAGGUCCGAGUACAUUUACCCGAACACUAUCCUUUCAAAUCACCUAGCAUAGGUUUCAUGAACCGUGUUUAUCAUCCCAACAUAGAUGAAGUAUCAGGGACAGUAUGCCUUGAUGUUAUCAACCAAGCUUGGACAGCUCUAUAUGAUCUAUCAAACAUAUUUGAAUCAUUUCUUCCACAAUUACUGACAUACCCCAAUCCCAUUGACCCACUGAAUGGAGAUGCUGCAGCUAUGUACCUUCACAAGCCCGAAGAGUACAAGAAAAAAGUGUCUGAAUAUGUGAAAAAGUACGCAACAGAGGAAGCGUUGCGGGGUCAAGAAAACGAUAGUUCAGAUAGCGAAUCUAGUAUGUCAGAUUUUUCAGAAAACGAAGCAGAAGACAUGGAAUUAUAACGCAACGUUACAAAAAUCUCGCUCAAUUCGAUUUUCCUUUUUACAGGAGAAAUUUUCCAAUCGUAAUAUUCACAAAUAUUUUCAUUGUACAUGGAAAAUACCUCGUUCAUAUUGGAUCUGCCAUAGAGCUUAACAGAAAAUUUAAUAUUGACCUUAUUCGAAGUUUUCAAAAUAUCAAAAUGGCUUUCCAAACGGGCUUGCUUAGUUUUUCAGUUAUAUUUACACUAGACAAAAAAAUAUCAAAUGAAAAAUGACUCUGAAUUGUUAACUCUUAUCAAUAAUGCCUAGGUUUUCCUCUUAUCAUGUCUUAAAUUCAGGGUUUUUUAUUUUCCAGGCGUCUAGUAUCGUGAUAUUUUUUUAAAUCUAUAAUUUUCACACGCGCCUCAUUGUGUAACAUGAGACAGUCUUUCACUUGUAUAUAGGAGAAUACAACAGUAACUAUUGAACAAAAUCAAAUAAUAAAUAAUACUAUGAAAAACACUGUUAGACUUAGCAAUAAUGUUGAAAGAUUUGGUACAAAUGUUUUUAUUACCAAUUUGUAACUACUCAGGGUUCUGCUACAUAGCACUUAUACAACCAAAUACCAUUGAUAAUUUAUCCAUUGUAGUUGAAUUCUGCAUGACAAUGGCCAUAUGUAUUGGUCAUGAGUAUUGAAUCAUAUUGGCUACCAUCUAGAGGUACCUUAGCAACUCCUAUUAAUUUCAUCCAGUCAGUUUUGUAGAAACACUAUGGCAGGCAACCUGAUUUGGAACAUGGUUAGUCUAAAAGUGACACUGUUUAAUGAAUUGAUUUUUUAUUACUACUAAGAAUACUUAUUUAAUGCUUUUUUCAAAAUUACUCGUACGAGAAAUUAUCAUAGAAGUAUCUUUCUGAAAACGCCAAGUGACACUGCAAGCGAUGUUGCUAGAAUAACGUAUCUGCUAAAAGUUUUGGCACAAAAUAUUUUUUUUGUGGCGUGAUCAGUUGAUCUCCAAUAAGUCCGAUUCAAGGGCAUUUCAAGGAAAAAAUGUAUAUUGUAGUUUUUUAGGUCGCUGAAUCUAAAUAUGGCAUCUGUGUUACCUGGAAAAGGCCAUCCAUUUUGACCGUAUAAUACUAAUUUGACCUUAAAGUAACCUCUGUAUGGUCUUGCAGGUUACAAGAAUUUAGAUACCCCAGAAACCGACAUGUGGAGGUUUUCAGGGAGAUUCAAAGAUAUUUACUUACGUUGGUAUGGGCAUAACCUUAAUUUGACCUUGAAAUAACAUCUGGAUGAUCUCACCUGGUAAAACAAAUACUAUAUUCAGAUUCAGCGACAUCAAAAACGUACGUGUGUAGGUUUUCAAAUGGACUAUUACCGAACAACCCUGAAGUGACCUUUAAAUAACCUCUAGAUCACCUUGCCGGAGACAAACGCCAGUGUCUCAAAAAAUUUGUAGGUAGAGGUGUUUAAAUAAAUUCAAAUAAUUUCACAAACAGUGACCUUGAAAUAGUGAAAACAGUUGCCGCCACAUUUGGAUUCAACGACCUAAAAUUUGACUUUAAUGACAUUGGACCUGAUUGUGAGAUAGGUUAACCGACCUCGGCAUAGAUCAGCGACCCCAAAACACUAAGGUGUACCUAAUGUCAACUCUUAAAUGAAAUAUCAACCUGUGUUUUUAUAUUCUAGUAUCAUUUAUACAACACAAGGUGUUGAGCAUUCAGUGGCUUUUACGCAUUCAUGUUUAGAAAUACCAGUUGUAUCAGAUCACUUGGAUACGAAGGGUCAGGAAUAGGCACCCUAGUUUUUAAAAAUAUAUGUUUUAUUUUGGGUUCUUACUGCAAAUAAGGUCAAUAUAAUUUCUUUUAUGGUCAGUCUUGUCGAAAAGUGGAGCAUAUGAAUACAUAUAAUAAGUAGUUACGUGGAUGUUAGUUAAGAGCUUGAAAGAAGUUUAUAACUUUUGGCGCACUAAAUUAUCAUGCUUAAUAGUGUUAUGUGACAUGGAUAAAUGAAUGGCGACUCUUUGUUACAUUUUGAUAGGGGAAGAAAGCAUUUUGUGAGUGGUUCGAAAAAAUACUGUAUAUAUGGAUAUUUGUCCAGGACAUAUAAUAUUCUAGUAUACAUGGUGUUAAAAUUUGGAAUGCUUCUCAAGCAAUCUUGCCAAAUAGGUCUGUUUGCUAACUAGCCAAAAAUGGAUCUAACUAUAGAAAAAAUAGUAUAGAUAUACAGGAUGAUAGUCUUGAGGGCAAAUGAAAAAUCCUAAUAUGGAAAAGUAUUUUGCAAAUUUUGAUAUCAUGUAUUUUAAAAACACAUCUCAUUUAAGCAUUUUGAUGAAUAACUCUAAAAUAAUCUCUUCCAAUAUUAGAUGUAAAUACAUGAAGGAUACCCCGUGUAUAAAUUGUUUGGUCAUGACAUACCCAAAACUUAUUGGAUGGUAAUUCAAGUAGAUAAGAGAGCAGAUUUAUUUAUUUUAUAUCAAUUUAGUUAGAAUGAAUUUAUAAUUGUGCUCUGAUGAUUAUCCUUUAUACAUUUUGGAAACUAUUCCGGACAUUAAAAUUGUCUUCAUGAUUGUGAUAUUUUUAGCUGACUCCUUUUCCAUUGAGUAAAUACGCAAAUUAUACUAUCACCACAAACUCCCGAAAAGACCAAAUUGGAUGUUUCAAAAGUUACAAGUGGUACCUCCCUUGUCUAUAUAAUUUUGAAUCACACAAAGUUUUGAGUGAUUCGUUAUCAGCGCAGCAAUUUCGCGUAACUAAAAAUUUUGUAGACAAUGGUUUUGCACUUCCAAAGUUCAUUUGGAAUUGGAGUUUUGUGUGAACCAAAACAACACCUAAAUAUACAGUCGUUAUUUGUAGCUCAACACUUACAUGCUGUAAGUCUUGCAUAUGUUUUGAUCAAUCAUCUUUAUAUAUAAAUAUGUAUAUAGGUAUACUUUUUUUAAUGAUCGUAGUAAUGUAAUCCAUGUGUAUAUUAUGAUGACAGAUGUGAUUAUUAUACAAUGAUAAUUACCUUUUUUCUUUGAUAAUAUAUGUAUACAGUUGUUAAACAAUCUUCAUAUUUGGUGAUACUAUCGAAUUAUUAUAACGUAUGCUUGCGAUAUAAGAAGGGUUCUGCUCUUACCUGGCCACACACAUAUAUUCUUUCAUGCGGAAAAUCCGGUGGCCUCCAAGAAACAUGUGUGAAGUCAUUUAUGUUAGUGGGUUUCAGUGUUUCCAGGUAUAGUCGAUGUAUUUUCGGUUGAUUUGUGCGAAGUUUCUCGGCAGAUUUCUGUCGACUUUAUUACAAAAACUUGCCGUUGAUUGGCAGAUUGACGACUCAUAAUUCAGGCUCAGCAAGGUAAUUUUCACACCAAGAUGUGAAAAGUUUUGGAUCCCCACGAUAAUUUGUGAACUAACAAUAAUAUGAAUACAAUAAGCCCCGCUAUUGAUAGGAGUUUUCUCCAGCCAUGCAAAGGUAACCUUGAAUUUGGCCUUGGCAAUGACCUUCGAGGUCAUUUGGAGGUCAGAUCGAUUUUUUUGUACAUGGAACCUUUCAUUUUUGACUCUAUAAAUGAGAAGACCGGAACAUUUUUUAAAUAUGGUCAUGACCAUUCUUAAAUUUUGACCUUAGGAGGUCAUAGUCAAGGUCAAACCCAGAUACGGUGAUAUAACUUGUAAACCAGUAAUCGUAUAGGGAAACUACCGAGACAUUUAUUUUCAUGAUUUUUCCCGGAUAUCCAAUGGCGACCUUGUAUCUGACCUUGAACAUGACCACCUUCAAGGUAACGUAAAGUUUAAAUCAAUUUUUCUGAAUUAUCAAGAAAUUAAGGUAACCUUGUGUUUGACCAAGUCCAAGGUCUAGUUCCAAAGUUGCUCAAGAAUAUAUUCGAACAUAAAAAUUUCCAUUUUCUCCAUUUCCGCGGUCAAAAGUAUAGGAUUAAAAAGAGUUGACUGUCAAAUGAUCUUGAAGGUCACGGCCAAGGUCAGAUCCAAGAUUACCAUUUGAUAUCCGGGAAAAAUCGUGAAAAUAAUACCUCGAUAGUUUCCCUAUUUGACUACUCGACUCGGCUUUCAAGUUAUAUCACAGUACCCGGGAUUGACCUUGACCAUGACCUUCAAAGAUCAAAAUUUAACAAUAUUCAAGACCAUAUUUUUUGAAAAAUCGAUUUGACCUUCAAAUGACCUUGAAAGUCAUGAUUAAGGUCAAAUCUAGGGUCACCACCAUUAGUUUACUAAUUAUUGUGGAGUUCCACACUUUUUCAUACAAUCUGUAUACAUUUUUCUUGAAAAAGAAAAUUCGGUGGCUCUGUAGACUAAAAUCGGUAAACCCACCGAAAAAUCGGUAGACCUGGUAACACUUGUGGUUGUUGGCACACAUAAAACGGGAAGGUUUUUAGGCUUUUUUUUUUCUCUGGAGCAGCGCGUACUUACUGUAGUUGACAAAAGCGACGCAUCACAUUCUGUGAAAGAUGUAAAAUAAUAGUAAGUAAAAUAAGAUAUUUUUAAACCAACCUCGUUCCCUUUCUAAAAUAACUUGUUGAAAUAUAUCGAUGUCCAUUAAAAUAAAUUUAAAGAAGUAAAAACGUACAUACAGAUCGAUGCAAAUUUUUUAAGGGCUGACAGUGCACAUCAUUUGGAACACAUUAAGCUACAUUAUACCUUAAUACAAAGUGUACCGAUUUUUGGGGUAGGCGCAAUUUUGUGAAAUACUACAAAAAAGCGAAAAUCAUGCGAUGAUAAACCAUCGCUUUUUCAGGAAUGAAGAGCAACUAGUUUGUUCUGCUAUUCAUUUAUCGUGAUGUAGUCUUCCAAUACAAACAGUCUCCAGUUUAUCAAAAGAUGGUAUACACACUAAAAAAUGCUUUAUUUUAUGAAAAUUGUAUGUAUUUUAUGUUUUUCUGAAGUUUCGAUGACAUUCCGCUUGUUCUAAUAUUUUGUGAUAUUGACUAAAAAUAUGCUUGUAUUGCUUCGUAUGAAAAAGCAGUAGUGUAUAGUUUUUCCAAUGAUUUCAAUUCAAACAGUUGCCAAAUCUUUACAUACAUUCGUUUGAAAAGCUGUGAUACGCUGCAAAAUCGAACUAUUCAGUGAACGUACAUUAUUUUCUAUUUUGCAUAACGUAGAAACUAUUUAUAUAUUUAUAGAAAUACUAUACAUACAGAUAAAUGAUACGAAUAAAAAUCCAAAACAGGAGUUUUUCAUUAUUGAACAGGCAAUGAAUGGUUCAUCGCAUGAUUUAGUUUUUUCUAGGAAUUCGCAAAUUUGCGCGCAAAUAAAAAACGAUUAAGCUUUAUACUAAGGUAUAUAAGGUGUUUCACAACUUAUCCGACAAAUUUCAACCACAUAUGCAUUGUUACGAAAGAAGUUAAUUUCUCAAAAAAAUUUUAAUAAAGUCCUACAGAAAUUGAGAUAAUAAAAUAAUACAGUUUGUAGGUAGCAACGCUUAGACUCUCUGGACGUGAUAAGGGUACAGUUGGUCCUCAUGUAAUAUGCGCCACGCAUGUGACACUCUGGGACCUGUUGGGCUAACUGCCUUGUGCUAAUUCCCGGAUUUUCUUCCACGAUAUCCAAAAUUUCGUCUUCGGCACUUAAGACGCGUUGUGGGUGAACCCGACCCCCAUCCACUCUACGUCUGGGGCGCAAAUCUCCACUAGCACGUGCCUAUUCGGAAACCGGUGUGCAUACAAACGAGAAGCCGCUCGCGAAGUUUGCCCUGCUUCUCCGUACGGUAAAACAAUGUCCACUAACUCCUCAUGUGCCAUUUUUAUUAAUAAAUAACUAAAAACAUAAACUCGCAAAAUACUUUCUUAUUUAACUUAACAAAAAUCGACCGUUCUUCAUUCAGAUCACCCACGAUACAGAUUAAACCUUAUUUACACGUUCUUGUAUGAACGCAAAAUACAGAUAUUUAUUUUUCAAUUUAUUAUUGAAACUCAGGUGUAUAACUUAAUUUUUUGUAGGACUUUUAUUACACUUUUUUGAGAAAUCAACUUCUUUCGUAACAGUGCAUAUGUGGUUAAAAUUUGUCGGACAAGUUGUGAAACACCCUGUAUAUUCCAAAUGUACCGGGUGCCAGCUAUAAAUUGACCCCCUCUAACUCUUUUAUAUGACCUUGCAGAAGAAAAAGUUGUAUAUUUAUGGAGGUUAUUGGGUCUAACAUUAAGUUUUCAAUGUGAUUUUUUUGCAUAAAAGGUGUUUCAGAAAAGUGCUAUCGAAUACAGUUUAUUUUCUCUAAAUGGAAACACCCUAUAUAUUUUCUGGGAAAUGAUAGUUCCUUUUUUCUUAUUCAAAAUAUAUACAGGGUGACUUCGAAGUUGAGUCAUUUAUUUUAACAGUGAGUAGAUCUGAUCAAAAGAAAUGUUUUUUUCCUUUACCAUUUUUCUGGUAAAAUUAAAGUAACAAAGUUAUAGCCCUUUGGAAGUUUGAGUACCGCCCUGCCUAUUAUAUGCUCGUGUUUGGCGACAACGGAUAUAAUCCGCCUGACCGGUUCAUCGCAUCGGAAACAAAAAAGCGAAAGAAUUUGAAACGUUUAUCACGAUGUUUUUCGUCAGUCGAUAAAUCCUGAGUGAAUAGUAGUGUGUUGCGUGGCUCAAACGAAAUCAAAAAUGGCACAUGUUUACGAAAAUGCUGAACUUGUGGACAUGAUUCUUAUUUACGGGGGGGCAGUCUUUACAAAAUGCUCCCGGAUGCAUCACGGACUUAUGCGAAUCGGUUUCCCAAUCGAGUGCAACCAACCCCUCGUGCCUUUGUCAAUGUAGUGCAAAGGGCUCGUGAAUCAGGUUACUUAAGACCUCACAGGUGAGGGCAUGCUGCUCCAAGACCGCACGAUCAAAUACAGGUCCGCACUGAAAUACUUGUCGGGAGGAUACUUUAUUAAACAAGGUAACAUUUUUUUUUUAUUUUUACACACAUAUUUUGGUUUAUCUUCCUUCAACAAUCAUUAUCUGAAAAUUAAUGACUCAACUUAUGGUUUAUAAUCAUACUUAUUUCCAUUCCAGUUUUCAACUGGUCGCAUAUAUGGUAUAGGCCCUGAAUGCAUAUGAGCAAAUGUCAAUUUUUUCACCAACGUGAUAAAAUGUUUAAUAAACCAUGUACAGUGAAAUCCAUAUACCACUGACGUCGUAAUGUGUACGAGAGAGAAGCGUGCAAUACGUGUGUUAGAAAGAGAUAGAAGCACCUCGUUGCCUAGCAACCCGAGUGACGAGGCCAUGGACGUAGCUGCGACUUGCCGCGUUGCCAUCGGCGCACUCUUUCUAACAUACAUAUUGCACGCCUCUCUUUCAUACACAUAACGACGUCAGCCAAAUUUGAACCUCAUCGUAUAAUUGGAAUCAGAAGAAAAUAGGCUAUGAUUUUCACCGGAAAUCUUCCGUUAAAAAAAACUGCUAAGCUGUCUUAGAUCGCACUUUUCUGAGACACCUGUUAUACAAAAAAUAUUACAUCAAAUACCUCAUAUUACUAUAGUUCCUAUCACUUUUAUAUACUACUUUUUCCACUAGUAGGUCAUGUAAAAAAGUUAGAGGAUGGGUCAAUUUAUCUGCCCUUGAAAGGUUUGAAUCAUCUUUCCGACCACUUGUAUAUUAAUGUUUUGCUACUUGUCAAAAACAUAUGCAUAGGUAUAUUUCUCUGUCUUGAUCAGCAAGCAUGGAUUUCCGAAAACACGUUGGUAAUCAAUCAUGUGAUAAAUAAUCUGCAAAUAUACUCGUGUAUACCACGUUUGUGUGUGUAUGGCCAGCAAUUCUCAAUCUCAAAUUGAUGUUUGAUAGUGUCAUCGACUUAAUUAUUUUUAGUUUUAUCAUGUUGAAUAAUUUAACUUUUUUGGUACGACCUUAAGAACGCUAAUUUGUAAAUAUCUGAAAUCACUGCAGGAAUAUUCAGACCCACUUUAAGUGUAAAAAGUAGAACAGUAGGUAUCUGUUCUCCGUAGAAAAAGAGAAAACUAGUCCUACUUUAAGUCUUAUAUCGCUUCUGUAUUGUAUUAUUUUUGUGUAUGUAUGCAGUCAGGUGUCCAUAUUCAAUAGUUUGUUUAUCUAACGCUACUAUAUUAAUUGAAAGGCAUCUAGCCAGGUCUUGAUACCUUCAAGAUUUUUUGGAGCUCAAUUAUUAAGGAACCAUCUGUUUGAAAGAUGUAUUCCAAGAUAACUUUUAAUAUAACCUGUGUCAAUCGCGCUGCUAUAAAGAAUCUAUCAACACCUCAUAUGUCAAAAUCCAUCAAACCCUUUGGAAUGUAGCUCGUGAAAUAGAAUUACUUUGUGGUGUAUUUUCAAAACGAAUGAAUCACCCGGUAUAUGUGUAUAUGUUCAACGUGUCACAAAAGUGAUUAUUAGAAUUUUUAUGUUUAUUAUUAUAUAUUAUUAUUAUUUUAUGUUAAUUGAUUAUUGUUUUUUUUUUUCAAAGUGUGUUUUAGAGGAAAGUAGAUUGGUGUUUUUAGAAUUUUAUUUAUAGCGCUAUAUUGAGAACUUUUUGGGAAUGAUUUUUCGGACACCCGUAUAGGUUACAUCAAACUUCAGAAUAUAAAGCAGUUUAUUUUAUCAGAUAAUAUUGAAGUAAGUGAAUCUCCUUUUCAAGGUAGAUUCUCUUUUUAUUUUUUUUUCUGCUAGUUAAAUAUACCGCUGGCCGUAGUGUGUUCCUGCUUACUCAUCACAAACAUUAAGAUUUUUCGAUAAAUAAUAUGUGUAUAUCGACAGGUUCUGGAAUAUUAAAACUUAGUGUUUGCCAGUAUUAACUUUCUAAAAUUCUAUUUUGAUGCUAAUAACAAAUGAGUGAAGUGAAUAUAUCUUUUAUUAUUA